AUGACAGUCAUCUCCAAUGAGAAGAAUGAGUUAAUUCCCACAAGGACAGUGACUGGAUGGAGGAUGUGCAUAGAUUAUAGAAGACUGAAUGAUGCUACAAGGAAAGAUCACUUCCCUCUCCACUUCAUUGAUCAGAUGUUGGAAAGAUUGGUAGGCCAUGCUUAUUAUUGCUUCCCGGAUGGAUGCCAAGAAACUAACCUGGUCUUGAAUUGGGAGAAAUGCCAUUUCAUGGUUUCUGAAGGGAUAGUUCUUGGGCAUAAAGUUUCAAGCAAAGGUAUAGAAGUUGACAAAGCUAAAACAGAAAUCAUUGAAAAGCUUUCUAUACCUGUUAAUGUGAAAGCAGAAAGGAGCUUUCUUGGGCAUGUUGGGUUUUACAAGAGUGACUUUGCAAUUGGUGCUGUAUUAGGGCAAAAGAAAGACAAGCUGCACCAUGUCAUAUAUUAUGCUAUCAAGGUUAUAGUGUAUACUGACCAUGCUGCUCAUAAGUAUCUAAUUUCUAAACAGGAUUCAAAGCCAAGGCUUAUUAGGUGGGUGCUGCUGCUUCAAGAAUUUGACAUUGAAAUGAGAGAUAGAAAGGGGAGUGAGGAUCAAGUAGCAGAUCAUUUGUCAAGAGUGCCACAAGAGACCAAUCAGGACAUACCACAGCAAGUGAAUGAAAAAUUUCCUGAUGAACAUCUUUUCUAA